CUGAGGUGUGACGUGCAGCAACUUCCCUGUUGUGCAAUCGUCAAGAGGCUCUCGGGGGGCUAUAAGACCCCCAUCCUCAUCUGGUUUCCCAGAGCCUCAGAUCUGCUCCCUCUGCUCACGCCCAGACUGACGGAGAGGCACAAUACGGUCCAGCGCACUCGGCUGGGCGCAAUUCUGUUAGAGGGGUCGAGCAACAUUUGUCAAGAUAUGGACAUUAGCCAAAAGAAGCACUGAAAAGCUCUUGGCUUUUUCUGCUGGAUACUCGGUCAUUUCAGCUGACCUUGGAAAUCUGAAAGAAGUUGAAGUCAAGUCUUUAGACACAGGGGAACAUCUAGUUCCAUAAUGGCAAACUCAAGUGGCCUCUUCUUUUCCAACUCCACAUCCUCCCUGUUUCCAGCAACAGAGGACUACGUGAACACCUCGUCAGUUCCUUCGGCUCACCACUGCCAAGACUGGUCUCCAGUGUCCAUGACAACAGUGAUCCCCACCAUCUACAGCGUCAUCUGUGUGCUGGGUAUACUGGGCAACGCCUUGGCGGUGUAUGUGUUGGCUCGUGGCAAUGCCUUGACGAGAUCGGUGGCGAACACUUUCAUGCUGAACCUGUGCGUCUCCGACCUGCUGUUCCUGCUGACUCUUCCACUGUGGGCCACCUACUACUCCUGGGGCUACAGCUGGCCCUUUGGACUAGUGGCCUGCAAAAUCUGCGGUGCUCUCCUUAACCUCAACCUCUACGCGUCUAUCUUCUUCAUCACGUGCAUGAGCGUAGACCGUUACCUGGCCAUCGUGCAUCCUCUCCUCUCGCAGAGGUCACGGGAUUACGAGCGAGCCCGGAUCGUCUGCAUCCUGGUAUGGGUCCUGGCAUUUGCUUGCUCUUCCCCGCACUUGGCUUUCAGAGAGAUCUAUCACCUUAAAGAGUUGGACGUAGUGGCUUGUGUGGUUUUUUAUCCAGAUGACACCUGGUUUCUGACCCUAGGCUGGAUGAAGAUCAUUCUGGCAUUCCUGCUGCCACUGUUUGGCAUCUCCUGUUGCUACUGGGCCAUUGGGAAACAUUUGUUGGCCUACAGAGGAUCAGCAAGAAUGCAAAAUUCACUACCUCCUCAAGCGGGCCAUUGUAAAUCAGAACGUCUGCCGACUCCUACUGUGUACCCAAACUCAUACACGACUGGACCAAUGAUGGCCCGCGGGGUAGAGAGGAUUUUGUGGACAGUGGCUGCUGUGGUCAUGGCUUUCUUCAUCUGCUGGUUCCCCUUUCAUUGUGUGACCUUCUUGGACCUUUUGAGUAAAAAUGGAUGGCUGGACAGUUGCUGGGUAACCUGGACCACCACCAACCUGACCCCACUCACUCUUUGCCUAGGCUUCUCCAACUCCGCCAUCAAUCCUGUGCUCUACUGCUUCGUCGGGAACCAUUUCCGUGGUCGCCUUGGGGGUCUCUGCAAAGACCUGUGUGCUGGUUUGGAGGCCCGUGGGGAUCAGCACAGCCAGAAACGAGGUUCUUUCAGCACCAGGCUGAGCUCCGUCUCCAGGAAACUCAGUGACCUUAAGGACCUGGCGAUUGUGGAUACCUCAGGUACCGUGUAACAGACUUUCCCCAUCCAGCACAUUCCAAAAUAUUAAUAUGAUCCAAAACUGCCAGGCUUGGUUUAUGAUGGUUUAUAAUACAUAAUAUUUCAUAUUACAUGUUUUUGAAAAAAGUACAAUAGUACAUACCAAAAAUAAAUGGCUAAUAAUGCUCAGAAGAUGAAGUGGAACAUAAAAGUAAAAUUGUAAAAAAUUUAAAACUAAUGAAAAAUGACCAAAAAAGAGAACAAGUGAAGAAAUAAGCAUGUUGAACUUCAACAUUCACUUUUGUCUUAACUGUGCUGACAGUGCAUAAAAAUAAAAUAAGCAUUUUCAGAAUGGUUUGAAACAUCUUCAUGAUUGAUAAAUUUGCCCAACAAAUUCUCUGUAUUAUUCUGUCAUACAGGCUAAGCUAGAUCUAGGAUCUCCAGAGGAGUCUCUGUCCUGCAACUUUUAGAUGUGCCUCUGCUGCACCAACGAUAAGAAUAACUAAUGGAGAACUGGUCUACUGGUGACAAGGUGAGGUAUAUUUCAUUUCAGGGUUUUAUAUAUUCUAACAAAGAAGACAAGUAGUACUUAAAUUUAGCUUUAGCAGUGAUGUCUAGCUGGGAUAGAAACAAACAUUUCAGUCACAUUUCCCUGAUAAAAUGAUGGUUUUCAGACUGAAAGGAGUGAAGUUGAAAAUUCUCCCCUCGUUUCAUCGUUCAACUGAAAAACAAGCAAAUCUAUUAGGAAAAAAAAAAGAAACUAAAAGUUAUACAUGUGUGCACUAAACUAAACUAAUUCUUUGUCGAAACAUUUUAGAUCCCGGUUUCUUUUGAAGAACCACAAACCUCUCACAAUUUGAAGUCAUAUUUGGUCACUCUAUCCAAACCUAUCAGGUCACAGAACAAAUUAGUUUUAUUUUUUUUAUGUUUAUUGUUGAACUAGUUGUUAUUUCUUCCACCCUGACAAACACUUCAGCUCCACAUGAAGAGAUGUUUGGGAUCAUUCAGCGAUGUGAUGAGCUGUUUUGGACAUUUUGUAAUCCUGGCCCCAGAUAUCCAGUUGUGCUCCUUCAAGUUGUCCCACACAAAGUUUAGACAGAUCUAAAUGCCUUGUGUCUUCCAAUAUUUGGCCAAACAUCUCGAGAAUACAUCAGACCGUGCAACAUAACCAGUGCUUGUUAUGAAUUUGAUGCAACACCACCAGCAUUACUGUUAGCAUGAUCCUCUUCCCUCUUCCAGAGGCUUUAGAUUUGGGCUCCAAAUCCAUUUAGGAGCUCUGAACUUUAUGUCUGGAUCACCAGAUCCUCUUUAGUAACUGAUGGCCCGUGUGAACUUCAGCAGAUUAUUGAUUCUGUUUUACUAUUUAAAAAGAAGACGUAUUAGAUUAAGGGAGUGCACAUUCAUGUAGCCACGUUAUUACAGCUUUAGUUAAUUUAUGGAAAAAAAUAAAUAAAUAAAAAGAACAUGUCGCACUUAAAACAGAAAGGAGUUUUCAAAUGUUUUUGUCACGGGGUCAGUUUUAAAAGCCUGGCGUUUUAACACGGGUGUGUCCACUUUUCAAACAGAGCUGUGUUGAUGUAACUGCUGUGUUUCGUGCUUUCUGAAAUUUUUCCUCUGUUUCGUAACCACAUUUUCACACCACAUAGUAAAGUAAAAAUGUGAAUCAGUGGUUGCUGUAGAAACAGUUUCUAUGUGUCUGUACAUAUGCUAAAAUCACAACGAGAUGCUGCUACAUUAUACACGUACGCCAACAUUAACCUGGCAAUCCAAUACAUCUUGCAGUGUUGUUUUUUGUUUUGUUUUCGGAGGAGGGGUUGGUGGGGACAAAAAACUUGUUUAUUCACGGCAAAUAUAUCAUUGUAUUGCUUCUUAUGGACAGUUUAUUCAGCAAAUAAAGAGAACAAGUCAAUGGAA